AGGGAAAGAAAAGAGAGCGUCUGUUGGCGGUGAUGGAUCCCUUGAUACACGCCUUCCAUUUAAUAGCCGUUGGAGCAAAUAAUUCAAAGGUAAAGGGCGCUCUCGCUCUCCCUCUCCCUCGCACUCACAGAGAUCAUGUGUGAGGGCCAGCGCCAGUAAUAAUCAUGGCCAUCCCCAACCUCCCCCUAUAAAAAAAACAGAAGAAAAGAAGGAAAGAUAAAAUGAUAUGGAGCAGCCCCCACAAGGCCUUCUCCUCUUCUUAUGGACGGGCGGCCAAUUCUACCGACCAGAGGAUCCUAAGAAGCACCAUUGUCUUCCAUUAGCCCACCGUGGAGCCUCCGCCCUCCAUCCCCUUUUACUUCUCGGUUCCUGGGCCUCUAGAUCUCUCCGAAGAGCUCGCUUCCUCGGCCUGAGGAAGCCCGGGCGUGGGGUUGCAUUCGACGAAUCAGGGGAGCUCGAGAUGGAGGGUGGUGUUGGCGAAGGCGAGACCUUCAGCGAGUCGGUGGUGGUCGAGAACCAUGGGAGCAGCACUUCGAGCUCUGAAACCUCGUUCGGUGAAGAUUCACAAAGCCAUGUUAGCGGCUAUGAGGAAUCAUCCAAGCACUCCGCGACAUUGGGUUGGACGAUGCAGGGUAGCGUAGAAUCUCAUCUGGUUGCCAAUGAGGAGAAAACCCAACAGCACGAUAGGGGAAAAGAUAAGCUGAAGCCUAAUGUUUCGGAAAUUGAGAUGAUGAAGGAAAGAUUUGCCAAGUUGUUGCUUGGAGAAGACAUGUCCGGCUCCGGGAAAGGAGUGUGCACUGCAUUGGCUAUUUCAAAUGCUAUUACGAAUCUCUGUGCCACGAUUUUUGGGCAGCUUUGGAGGUUAGAGCCUCUAACCCCUGAGAAGAAGUCGAUGUGGAGAAGAGAGAUGGAGUGGCUUCUCUGCGUUGGUGAUCACAUUGUCGAACUGAUACCCACCUGGCAAACAUUUCCUGAUGGAAGCAAGCUUGAGGUCAUGACUUGCAUGCCGCGGUCUGAUCUGUAUGCCAAUCUUCCAGCGCUGCGCAAACUAGACAACAUGCUCCUUGAAAUAUUGGAUAGUUUUAGCGACCCAGAAUUUUGGUAUGUCGAUCAAGGAAUAGUAGCAACUGAUUCUGAUGGCUCAGCCUCUUUCCGGAGAACUCUUCAUCGUCAAGAGGAGAAGUGGUGGCUUCCUGUACCUCGUGUCCCUCCUGGUGGUCUCCACGAGCAGACAAGGAAACAAUUGCAGCACAAACGUGAAUGCACAAACCAGAUAUUGAAGGCUGCAAUGGCAAUCAACAGCAACGCUUUGGCUGAAAUGGAAGUUCCUGAGUCGUAUCUUGACUCACUUCCAAAGAAUGGAAGAGCAUGCCUAGGUGAUGAGAUAUAUCGCUGCAUUGCUUCAGAUGAAUUCUACCCGGAAUGCCUUCUCGAUUGCCUUGAUUUAUCCUCCGAACAUCAAGCUUUAGAUAUUGCCAACCAUGUCGAGGCAUCAAUUUACGUGUGGCGUCGAAGAGCACCGGCCAAACCUAUAAACAACACUAGCGCUAAGUCAUCUUGGGGCAUGGUCAAGGAUAUGAUAAUGGACACGGACAAAAGAGAAUUGCUUGCUGAUAGAGCCGAGUGCCUCCUAUUAUGCUUGAAGCAGAGGUUCCCUGGUCUUACGCAGACAACCUUGGAUAUGAGCAAAAUCCAGUUCAACAAGGAUGUUGGAAAGUCCAUUCUAGAAAGCUAUUCCAGAGUUCUGGAGAGCCUUGCAUUCAACAUUGUUGCUCGCAUCGAUGAUUUGCUUUAUGUCGAUGACUUGAGCAAACACUCAGAUCAGAUCUCAUCAGUUCCCACGGUCAGUGUUGUUGCUCACAAGGAAGUGCCAUUUCCAUUCUUGGUGCCCGCCGCAGGCACUCCAUUUGCGUCUGCUUAUGCCACGCCUAGCAUCUCACCCCCAGAUUUAAUUAGUCCGGUAAGGGGACAGAGGACCCCUUUUAUCAGCAGAAAGUCUUAUAGUCGUGGAUUUGGUGUGAAAAAAGUUUUGACAGAUUAUCUUGGAGUUGAAAUGAGGGGGAAAAAGACUGGCGAUAUGGUUGAGGUAUCAAGCAUGAACCUAGAAGCCUCGGCCUCCUGAACACGACUGGCGGAGCUCGGUAUUGGGUGGUUGAUUUGUCAUUCUAUUUCAAGUCUCCCUUGGAAUGUAAAACAAACAUGCGAUGCUUCUCAUAAGUGUUGUAGAACAGAAUUCUCUGUGCUAGAUUGAUACUUGCAUUCAAUAGACAGAUGAAUGCACAGUGUGGUCUUGUAGGAAUUAGCAAGCAGUGUCCGCUAGUUGUAUAAAGGACAUGGAAUUUCAUAUUACAGUUUGAAAAC